GUACACGUUUGUGUAUAUAGAGGCGCUAGUGGGUGAACGCGCCAUUUAAUCAAUGAGCGUGUAGCUUCCUACGACCCGGUUUCUUUCUCUCGGGCACGUGUUUCGUUAUCUUGUAAAGUUGAAGAUAUUCCCAGAAAAUGCAGGAAGCUGUCAAAAUGGAAGUUGACGAGAGUAUAGUGAAGGAAGAGAACGUCGAGGCACCAGAAGUGAGUUACGAGGACAAGCUACGACUCGUCAAUGCCAUUGCUAACCCCAUGGCACCGAAGAAGCUAACCAAAAAGAUUCACAAGUGUAUAAAGAAAGCGUCCAAGCACAAGACUUACCUGCGCAACGGUUUAAAGGACGUACAGAAGUGCCUUCGUAAAGGCGAGACUGGUUUGGUUGUCUUCGCCGGAGAUGUGCAUCCCAUAGAUAUCAUGUGUCACUUGCCGGUUGUAUGCGAAGACAAAAACAUACCAUAUUGCUUUAUUCCAUUGAGGACAGACAUCGGUGCGGCGAUGGGCAUAAAGCGGGGCAGCCUCAUGGUGCUCAUAAAGGAGCAUCCUGACUACGAAGAACUAUACAAUGAAAUUAAAGCUUCGAUGAAAACACUCUCUACGCCUUUAUAGUUAAAGAGACAUUAGACGUAUUGUACAUUUCUAAUUUUAACCAAUUUAUAUAAGAUACAAAAUAAAUUAUAGGCCCUGAAAGUA